CGUGAGGGAGCGCGGCCCGGGGCUUAUCUCUGCGAGUUUAAAAUAGAGCGUUAGGGGGCGGGGCCUAGCCCAUCCUCCAGGGCAUUGGCAGUAGUUGCAGUGUGUUAGGCUGAGGUGCGGAGCGGAAAUCGAACGCCGGUCGUCGUGCGUAAUAGAAACAGCAUGGCAAAUACUGAAAUUACAGUAGAUUCAAAAUCCACCAAAAGUUCAGUACUAAAGAUCCUCCAUGGUAGCAAGUCAGCAGAAUCUGGUCUGUCAUCAGACAGCUAUAAAAUGGAUUAUCCAGAAAUGGGGCUAUGUGUAAUAAUCAAUAAUAAAAAUUUUCACCCAAAUACUGGCAUGUCAUUUCGUUCUGGUACAGAUGUAGAUGCAGCAAACCUCAGGGAUACGUUCAAGAGCUUGAAAUAUGAAGUCAGGAAUAAAAAUGACCUGACAUGUAAAGAAAUAAUUGAAUUAAUGUGCAAUGUUUCUAAAGAAGAUCACAGCCAAAGGAGCAGUUUUGUUUGCGUGAUUCUAAGUCAUGGUGAAGAAGGAAUCAUCUUUGGGACAGAUGGAUCUGUUGAACUGAAAAGAUUAACAUUUUUCUUUAAAGGGGAUAAGUGUAGAAGUCUAACAGGAAAACCAAAGCUUUUUAUCAUUCAGGCAUGUAGAGGCACAGAGUUGGAUUGUGGUGUUGAAACAGACAGUGGCACUGAUGAUGAUGUAACAUGCCAGAAAAUACCUGUUGAGGCAGACUUCUUAUAUGCAUAUUCUACAGCCCCAGGCUACUAUUCUUGGAGAAAUUCAAAGGAUGGUUCGUGGUUUAUCCAGUCACUUUGCACAAUGUUGAAACAGUAUGCUAACAAGCUUGAGAUAAUGCAAAUCCUUACCAGAGUCAAUCGGAAGGUUGCCACAGAGUUUGAAUCUUAUUCCUUAGAUGUUAACUUCCAUGCAAAGAAGCAGGUGCCAUGUAUCAUGUCCAUGCUUACUAAGGAACUAUAUUUUUUCCCCUAAGAAAAUCAAUUCAUUUUAAUUUGUAUGCCAAGCCAGUGAAUGACAGGUCUGAGGACUGUAUUUCCUCGGUAAUUUAAAUUGCACACUUUGAGCCUAAUUCAGUAUGGCAGUGGGUGGGGUUUGGGGGUUUGGGAGAGAAUCACCAUUUCUCCAUUUAAUAGAACCAUUACAUUGCUACUUCAAAUUCAGGUAAUUUAAAUGGAAGCUAAUUAGGAGUUAAUAUAUUGGCUUUGAAAAGAAAAACAAGUGAAUAUUGGCAUUUGUUACAAGAAGAAACUAUUGUAUCUUCAAAACUUUAAGAGUAUUUAGAGAUUUAGGGAACAGAACACUUCUUAGUGAUGUACAAUUGUGUAUUUUGAAGGGAUUGUGGAAAACUAAACACAUUUUUACGUAACUAUGAAAGGGAGCAUGGCAUAGAGGGUAAAAGAAUGGCUUUGGAGUCAGGAAGAUCCAGUAUGCAGAGCUGUCUGAGAUAAUGUUACCCUGGGCUAGUAACUGCACCACUCAGUGCAGAAUUCACUCAGAGAAUGAAGACUGUAAAUUUUAUACUAGCUUUUGAUUAGUGGAGUUUCCAUUCUGGGAGUUCCUUCCAGCAGGUGAGCUCAGUUAUCCUGACCUAGUUUUUUUUAAACUGAUUUUAUAACUGUACAUUCAAUUUUUGUCAAACGACAAAUGAAAUAUGAUGAUGCUUUCUGGACCUCUGCCACAAUCAUGGUAUUGCUAGAGAGUAGCAGUGGCAGGCUUUUACUUGGGAAAAUUCAUAUUUGGAAAUAAGCAAGGGAGAUAGAUGAAUUUUUUUUACCAUACACAUUAAAAUUCCAUUCUUAGUUUCUGAACACACAAGGGACAUGGGGCUAGAAUUUUUAUAUCUAUCAAAUAAAACUCAUUUAAAUGUUAAAUUUAGAAACCAGAAUUCUAUUUGGGUAAAAAUGUGGCUGACCUCAGGUGCUAUCUACGAGCCAUACUAAAUCAUCAAGGGCAAACAGGAUUCAUUCCCAAGCCAAGGUGCUGAAAUGCCACUUGUUCACCAGCAUAAGAGGGGUGCUUGUGCCUAUGCUGAUCAAAUGGGCUGGCUGUCAGCCAGCAGAAAGUCAUCUAAUGACCCCCUGGGUGAAAAACUGAAAAAUGACUGACUCUAAGCAACACCAAUUAAAGAGAUGGUAGGGAUAUAACUUGAAGCAAUGUCGUAUGUACUGAGUAGUUUUGAAAACCAUCCAAUGACCUAAUUAAUCUGGUGCAGCUUGGCACACAACAAUCAGUGAGGGUAUGGGAUGCUUACUUCUGUGGAGGCAGUGGACCCAGUGGGAAGGAGGCAGAAAGAAGUACAAACUAGAUCUUCAGGGCAAUGGAUGCAUGCAAAGAAUGGUUCUCUCUAGUAACAGCUUCUUCAAGUCAUCAGUCUAUAUAUGCAAAGAACAAAGCCAAAUGGACACAAUGUCAAAGUUUUCCAAAGAUGGCUGAAGACCUAUCCAAAUAUUGGCAUUCUUUGUUGAAAAAUAUUUCUGCAUGUUAAAUUAUUUUCAGAGACAUUUAUAAUCAUAAGAAAAUAGCAAAAUUUUAUUCCUUUCUAGAACCUUUGGUUGAUUUACUGAACAUAGAUCCUAAUAUAGAUCUAGAACUGAAAGGAACCUCAAAGGUGAAGCCACCUAGACCAAUUACCCUGUUUUACAGAGGAGGAAAUUGAAGCUUGAUGAGAUUGAAUGAUUUGUCUAAGAUCACACAGGUACAGAGCCGAUGAAUGGGGGCCUCUGCCCCCAGAACCUCUUGCUCUAUCCACCUGUGGUGCUUAGGCCAUCCUCUCCCUUUUACAAAUGAGAAAACUGAGACCAAAAGGAGUGAAAUAACUAGCAUAAAGACAUAGAUGAUUAAGGGCUGAACAGGAACUAGAAUCCAAGUCUCUUGAUUUGCUCCCUAAGUCAUCAACAAUCUUUCAGUCGGGUGAUUUUCAUUUUACUUGAGGGGGAAAAGCCUAAACUUAUAAGUGGUGAUAUUCCCCUUUUACUAGCACACAAAUGCUAUUUCUUAUUUAUGUAAUUUAAAUGCAGCAUGUCAUUGUAAUGGUACUUGGUAAUGUUUGUGUGACCACUUCUACAAUAAAAAUUUAUU